UAGAUGCCCGAAAUGUGUCCGAAUCCACCCGGAAACACGGAACGCGCGGAAAUGGGCGACUUGUGUGUGCCAGUGCGGGUGCCAGUCUGCCACUUCGUGCAUAUAAAAGCGUCCCUCUCCGUGACGAACUCCGAAUGGGCGAGUUCUUGGUUCUUGGUCUCUGUCCCAAAAGAAAAGCCUUUAGUCCUUCUGAACCACCUUCUAUCGAUCACUCGUCCUCGUCCGCCAAGGUAUACAUAAUCCUCCGGCAAAAUGGCGGACCUAUCCCACUUCCAAGAUAUCAAGCUUUACGGCCCUCGACUAUCCUUUCGCAACACCUCUCUCGAAGACGUCCGCAACUUUACUGCUACAAACUCAGACCCGCGGGCAAUGCAACACCUUCCCAUGAUGCUGAAACAGUGGAAGGAGGAGGAGAUAGCACAGCAAAUUACCUCCCGAGUGGAAGAGCAGAAGCUCGGCAAAGCCAUUGGCCUUACGAUAGAGACGAAAGACUUUGAUCGCCAGUUCGUGGGGAAAACAGGAUUCCGUCAGAUCGAUAUUGGAGCCAAGAUCGGCGAGUGGGGCUUGAUCUUGGACCCAAAUCAUCAUGGAAAGGGGUACGCCUAUGAGGCGAUGGCUGUAGUGAUUGGCUUUGCUUUCGAGAAGUUGGGGCUGAAGCAAGUCAUCAUCAUCACCGCCGAAGGGAACCUACCCAUGCGCACGGCGUGCUCAUCUGUGGGCAUCAAGGAGAGCAAUUUGAAGGAGGUGAUAGAGGCAUUAGGCACCGUGCCAGAAGAGGUGACGACCGCUGGCGGAACAGAGACUUUACAGUUUCAACUGGAAGGACAGGUCUUGUAUGCGGUCUCCUCUACCGAGUGGCCUGCGGUGCAGGAGCAGCUGAAGAAGAAGAUAGAAAAGCGGCUGGCAUUCCAAUAGUAUACAUUCAUCCGUAUACCUUUUUAGACAUUAGACUUUCAUAUGUAAUGCACAAAGGACCCUCUUUUCCAUCUCAAUGAUCGCUCCUGCCUGUCCUCGUGGCAUGGUUGGUAAUAGCGGCCCGGGAUGGCAUCAAGCAUCCCGUUGUAGCGGGGAUGCAACGCCGUCCGCAACUUGUUCAUAGUCAAUCUCA